AAUCAGGGGCGGACUGACCGUCUGGAAACUCGGGAACUGCCCGAGGGCCCGGGGUCAGUAGGGGGCCGCAUGAGAUGCCCCUGGUACCUUUUUCAUAGGCUUUGUUAAGUUUGGGCAAGGACACAGGGGCCCCAUGAUCCCCUAUUGCCCGGGGGCCCCAUGAGUUGUCAGUCCGCCCCUGACAGAGGGUGGGGGGAAGUCCAAAGUUUGACCGUUGUCACCAGAACAGGAACAGGUCCAAUGGGGACUCUUGUUCAGGAAACAACUGUCAGCGGAUUUUUUUUCCUCGCUUUUGAGAGAUUUCCUCUCACUUCCUGUCUCUGGGACAAGAAAUUACAG